CAGCACUAACAGCUGUGCCGGCCGUGUUUUUUUCGCCUUUUUCCAGACUGUGUUUACAAUUAUCUAAUCGUAAAUUAAAAUAAAGCCAUGUCCUGGCUGGGAAGCGCUAUUCAGAAGCUGGGCAAAGCCACGCUCCUGGCAGUGGGUGGAAAGCCCUUGGCUCCCGUGGCAUCUACGAGCUCCACGGUGCGGCAGUUAUCCCACGCCGAGCGAAGAGCACGCGGUCCCACUGUGCGGCGCUAUGGCUACGAGGACAAGAUCUUCAAGAGCGGACUGCUGCCCCAUGUGGACAACGGUCACAAGCUGCCCAUGCCCGUGUACCGGCCAAAGAACGCCUGGGCCAAGAAGCGGGCACUGUUUGGCCAGAACGACUACAUCGACAUUCUGGGCAGCGAUCGACUGCAUCCCGUGAAGGUUCUCUACACCCUGCCCUCCUGGCUGCGCGGCGUCUCCGGCAAUGAGUACCAGGUGCUGCUCCGCAAGCGCAGGCUGCUCGAGAAGUCCAAAUAUCCUGUGGCCCGACCCACCAAGUGGCGGGAAAUGGAGAAGCGCAUCCUCUAUCUGUACAAGUUCCUCAAUCGCAAGACCAAGACGGGCUAUUCACACCAGUAGAUCCAUUAAGAUCAAAUAAAAUGUUUUGUUUUAAUCUGAUA